CCGCUCUCCAGCCACCUGGACGACUCACAAAGCUGUUUCUCUCUCCUCCCACGUUUAAAAACUGGAUGAUCCAAACUGAACUGCCAGGGCACAACAGGAGGAAUCCAGUGGAUCCAUUCGUAUUCUCCCUGCAGCAGAUGGAAGAUGGACUAACUUCUACUCUUGCGUUUGGGCAAACACGAGGCACCAAUGCAUUAUUUAUAACGCCGCGCCACAUUUUAUUCUGAAAGCGUGGAAGGCAUCCCGGCCGCUCCAGUCAUGUGAGGCCGACACACGCAGGGAGACGGGCAGAGGAGACGGAGGAACAGGGUGACGGUUGGAGCACACCUGCCUGCUGAGCGUGUCUGACGCCUCGCUUGCUGUCUGAUUGGCCGCCCCGCUCUCUGGAGUUUGACUACCAGGCUGUUUCCUUUAAGUUCUCAUGCUGCUCAUUAAGCAGGGCUAGCUCCCUGCAUGUGUGUGACUGUUAAUGUGUCGAGGCGCCGUUUUGGGAUUUGCACAAGCCUCCACCAAACGAAGCAGGCGUGGUGAGGCUCUGAGUGAGGAUUAGCUGAUGGACUUUUCAGACAAGACUCUCCAGCUGCGACCUCCUCGCUGGAGGAUUAAAGAAAGAGAAAGGUUUCACCUACAUGAGGAGACUCUCGGGGGACUCUCUGAAGGACGCAAACUGGGUUCAGCUGGACACGGACACGUCUAAAGCCCGGAGCCUUCGUAGAUGCUGGGGGAAAAGAAACUUUGGAGUGACCAGAUAAGCCAGAAAGCACAAACUGAUCCAUGAGCUUGUUUUAUAUUGAUUUUUCUCAGCAUCCAAGAAUCUUGUCUGACCACUGCUGGAGAGGUCGCUAAUCUAAUCAGAAUCCAUCAUUUGUGCCCCGCAGAGCAGGUGGAGUGGUGCGAGAACGAAGCAGGAAAUCAAUACAGCAGCAUUUGUUUUGGUAUCUGGGAUGAGGCAGAGUAUACAGAUGUUGCACAUGAGUUUGUCGUUCCGUUUCUGACCCUGUGUGUGUGUGUGUGUGUGUGUGUGUGUUCUGUUAUCUUAGCUGCACAGCAAGGACUUACAGCUUCUGGGUGUCAUGAGCACCAGUUCUGUGCCCUUUCAGUGAAGUUACGUUAGGAAUUAGCUCCAAGCAAGGACUGAUCCUUCACCAGAUGACCAGAGCAGGAGAGUGUGCUGACGGGGGGCUCUCAGGGGGAAGCGUUAUCUCAGCAGACACACACUCACCACAACCUGGAAAGCUGCGAGCGUAGCAGGUGGGAAGCAGGGAGUGGGAGUGAGGAGCCGUGGGAUAGUUGCAUUGUUUGGAUGUUGUGAGUGUGGGGGGUGUAGCAGAGCUCCUCCGAAGAGGAAAGCUGCAGCUGAGCAAAACAAGUACAAGAGCACAAGAGCUCCGACUGGGAAAAAGACGCCUGAGACCGGCGCCGGGUGUACUGGUGAAGCACAAUCGAGCAGGUUCCAGAACGUCAGGGAAACGCUGGCCUGGUGUCGGGUCUGCAGCAAGCACACAAGUUUGAGCAGAAUCUCUGUCUGCCUGAAGCAGAAAUCAUCGCAGCGCUCUGGUUUUUACCGGACCUGUGCAGAGGAGACAGAGGGAAAGGGUGACAGUUGGAGCGCCCGGAGCCCAGAGGAGCCAAUUAAACAGUUUUCCCUGCUCUGAGGAGGACUGGUGCUAUCAUCCACAGCCCCUGUGAAUGAGGGUGGGGCUCUUCGACUGCCACAGACAAAGAAGACUAGCAUCGGGGGUGGUUCCCAGCUGGACAAGAAGUCCAGCUCCUUGUUGGACGCCGCCAUGGGCUGCAACAUGUGUGUGGUUCAAAAGCCCGAGGACCAGUGCAGAGUGAUGUUCCAGGUGAAUGGAAAGGAGUUGUCUCGUCUUUCGGGAGACCCUACCCUGGACAUGAGGGACCCGGUCCUGUCCAGCAUCCUGAGGAGGGGGGCCCGCAGACGGGCGGGCCCAGCUGGGGCUCCAGGAGGGCAGGUGCCAGUGACCAUGGGCAUGGCCGACUGUGUGGACAGCUGCACCCAAACGGACAUCAGCUUCCAGCAUAUGUUGACGUUGGGCAGGAGCAGCCAGCACCCCUGUGGAGCUCCGCCCCCACCCUCCCCUCCUCUGCCACCAGUACUGGAGCCGUACCUGUUCAACGAACUCUUCCCAGAGCCGGUGUACUACGACCCCACCGACUACUUUGACAUCGCUCAGCACGACGUAGACCGUCACGAUGAGCUGGAAUAUGAGGAAGUAGAGCUGUACAAGUCCCGUCAGCAGGACAAGCUGGGUCUGACGGUGUGUUAUAGAACUGAUGAUGAGGAGGACCUCGGCAUCUAUGUAGGAGAGGUGAACCCAAACAGCAUCGCUGCCGUGGACGGACGCAUCCGUAAGGGAGACAGGAUACUGCAGAUAAACGGAGUGGACAUCCAGAACAGAGAGGAGGCGGUGGCUAUUCUCACCAGGGAGGACAGCACCAACGUCUCACUGCUCCUCGCAAGGCCCGAGAUCGAGAAUGACAACCAGUUGGAUCCUGAUGAGCUGGGCUUGGAGCCGCUAGACCGGGCCGUCCACCUGAGCAGCAGUCCCAGAGGGAGGACCAGCCCCUCCCUUCCAGGAGCUGGACCGACCAGGGGUGUAUUUGGAGGUCUGCUCCCUAGCCACAGGGACUCUCCUGAUUUGCUCCAGACGGUUCUGAGCAACAGCCAGGAGCUGGACAGUGGGGUUGGACGCACAGAUGAAAGCACACGCUACGAGGAGUCCUCAGAGCAUGACCUUCUAGGGGACGACCACACCAGCGCCUCCAACACCAAUGCUACCAACACACCGGGCAGCAUGCGCAAGUUUUUGUCCAGCAGAGGGGACUCUCCUCCCCUGCUGCACUCCCAGGACCUCCAGUUCAGCACAGACUCCCUUCUGGGACUGGACUUGGUUAGUGGAGGAGGCCUGGAGCAGUUGGAGCGACUGGAGAGGACCUACAUGGCCGACCCUGUCAGGAUGAUGAUGCCUGGGCUAACUGAGGAAGAGUGCGAGAGGUACAAAGAGCUCCUGGAAAUCAAGUGUUUCUAUGAGAAGAACUAUAACGCUCAGGAGCUGGCGCAAGAAGACGCAGGGGUCCCUCUGGAUGAAAACAGAAAUGAGAGCUUGACACAGCAUGAGAUGGCCCUCCUGGAGGAGGAGCUACGACACUUAGAGUUCAAGUGUCGGAACAUCCUGAGAGCGCAGAAGAUGCAGCAGCUAAGGGAGCGUUGUAUGAAGGUGUGGCCUCAUGAGGACAAGAAUGGCGCCGUGGGACCUGAACGCGUGGAAAUGAACGGUCUGUUGGUGGGGGAGGAGGGCAGUCAUCACGCUCUGUCAGACAUCAGCGAGCUUCCAGAAAGGGAGCGCUCUGAUAAGGACAGCACGAGUGCCUACAACACUGGAGGGGAAAGCUGCAGGAGCACGCCUCUCGUCAGCGAACAGCACCCCUCACCCUCCACACAGAGUCUGGAGGGAGCGGAGACUCUUCCCCCUCCCGGGGCAAUGCCUCCAACCUGCAGCCGGCAGACAGAGAGAGCAACCAGGUCUGAACGACGGGACGGAAUACAAGCCAACCUAAACCAAACGUACUCUCCAAGUUCCCACAGAAGAGGAGCUGAGAACAAGACAUCCAGUCCAGGUGCAAAGGUCAGGUCUCUGUCCCGGGAUGUGGGAACCAGGAGGGGCUCGGAUGGAGGCGUGAGACGGAAUCCCAAAGCCAGUGGGACGUCAGAGAGAGCUGGUGGGCGCAGUGCAGAAAACAGUCCUUAUCUGUCCCGUCGUCAGACUGAGCAGCCCCCUCAGCGUUACCUGAGCUGCAUGCAGCUGCGGUCCCCCUCAGCAUGCGAGCGCCUUGGGGGACUUGGGGGGAAUGCCCCCAGAGAGGGAGCCAUGGAGUUAGGAGGGGAUGACAGUCCCAUGAGCUUGGGCAGCACCUGUAAAGAUGCUCCCCUGGCCCCAGGUGCUGUCCCCUCGCCCUUGUCUCCUCCGCUGCUGCCUGCGUCUCCCAGAAUGGAGUGGAAAGUCAAGAUCCGCAGCAACGGCUCGCGCUAUGUGGCCAAGCGGCCUGUGAGGGAUCGCCUCCUAAAGGCACGUGCCAUGAAGAUCCGAGAGGAACGCAGCGGGAUGACGACAGACGACGACGCGGUGAGCGAGAUGAAGAUGGGCCGCUACUGGAGCAAAGAGGAGCGCAAGCAGCAGCUGCUGAAAGCUCGAGAGCAGAGGCGGCGGCGCGAGUUCAUGAUGCAAAGCCGGCUCGACUGCCUGAAAGAUCGGGAAAGGGAGCAUGGCAGCAGUGGAGGGGGGCAGCAGGGGGCCACGCAGCAGCAGGAGGCCACCUCCAUCUUAGAGCUUUGCCACCGCAGGAGCAUGAAGAAGCGCAGCCGCAGGAUCCUGGACAACUGGUUCACUAUACAAGAGCUGCUGACACAUGGGAGCAGGUCGGCCGAUGGGAAGAAAGUUUACAACCCGCUGCUGUCUGUAACCACCGUCUGAAACUAGACGGAGAGGGAAAGACGCCGCGGGUAGGAAAAGAUCAGCGGAUCCAUAAACUAGCACACCGGACACCACUCAGGACUGAGAAUGCAACACGUUUGUGAUACUGAGUUCUCAAAUGAAGAUCCAAACGCAUCCCGUCCAUGAGGGCACAGGUCUGUAGGCCAAAACCAGAGCACAGCCAUGACAUCCUUACGGUUUUGUAACUGAUGGUGAACGGGGAAGAAACGACGCCGCUGCAAAAAAAGCAAGAGAAAAAGAUUCCUCACGUGCCAUAAAACAUGUUUACGUGAACCUUUGAGUUAACGAAGCACAUCUUUACAAUGUUUUCCGUGCCGCUACAUGUUUUUAUUAUUAAUGUUGCUGUGUGUGUGCUCACGGUGGCGCUUUGCGUUCAGCGUCGCCGUCUGAGCGCAGACGCCUGUUUUAACGAGGAACUAAGCCGUGCCUUUCUUCCAGGCAGAAUCAACCGAAGCACAGUUUAAAAGCAGUAAAUGCUCGAGCAUGGAGCGACGUGCCUCUUGGGAAAGAACAGAGCAGCAAAACAGUGUUUUACUUUAUUUUUGAGACAAACGUUUCAGGUCGUCAAAAAAGUCCAAAUCACAGAAAUACCAAAUCAAUACAAAAGGCAGAUUUUAAAUGAAGAUUUCAUUUGAGAGCAAAAGACUUUCCAAAGCAACCGGACCACAUCACUCCUGUUCCCUCAGGUCCACAAACCAGAACCUUCUAGAAGUGAUCGCUCCUUCCAGACUGUUGCACUUUCGUCCUUUAUCCGUAUGGACGGUCUGGUCACCUUCACACCUUUGUUGUGUUUUUGUUUUUCAGAUCAUCGUGGCGAUGCUGGUCAUGAAAUUAGAACAUCACGACAAAGUUGAUUUAUUUCAAUAACUCCACACAAAAAGUGAAACGUGCAUGUUAGAUUCGUUCAUCACACACAGACUGGUGCAUUUAGAUGACUUCUUUAAUUUUGAUGAUUAUAACCGACACUUAUGAAAAUCCCAAAUCGUAUUGGAUAAUAUAAGAAAUGUUAGAAUAUCUCUCAAGACUAAAAUGCACAAUAAGGAAUUUUAGAAAUGUUGGCCAACUGAACAGUAGGAGCGUGUACACCACUCAGUAUUUGGAUGGGGCUCCUUUGGCCUGGAUUACUGCGGUGUGGCGUGGAGUCCAUCAGGCUGUGGCGCUGCUCGGGUGUUACGAGAGCCCACGUUGCUCUGAUAGAAGCCUCCAGCUCGUCUGAAUGGUUGGGUGCGGCCUAUUGCAUCUUCACAACAGCCCGUAGAUGUUCUAUGGAGUUAAGGUCUGGAAUACCAUGGUCCUUAAACCCAGGGGCAGAUUUAGCUAUUUGGGGGCCCAGGGCGAACACAGACAUGGGCCCCCUUACACUAAAUUUUCGACAAUCUUAUCUUUAACUGGAUUUGUGAAACUCUCCCCUCUUCUGACACGAGUUAGUUUCACUUUUUAUGAGUCCUCCUCUUUUUCCUGUCUUUCUCUCCCUUUGAGUGCUUUCUUCUUCCUGUCAGUGCUCCUGUGCUUUUGCCUUUCUUUUUUUUUCUUCUAUUUUCAAUUUUGGUCUAUAUUUUCCUCCCUUUAAACAUUUUCCAUUGUCUUUCUUUUCUGCUUCCUUUUGAUGUUUACAUAGAAAAACGACAUCACUUUCAGAAGUGAAGAUAAAAGCUUUUUUAAAGCACGCUGCUUCUUCCUCUUAUUGGAGCCACUAGGAUAACUCCAUUUCAUGCUUCAUGUUUUGACUAUUGCUUCGAGUUUGUUACAAACGCUCCCGUCUCUCUUCUUUUUCUGAUUUCUCUUCUUAUUUGUGGUCUUAUGGCACUUGGCAAACAACAAUUUGGUGCAUUACCGCCACCACCUGGAUUGGAGUGGAAUGACUACCAAUCACUUCCUGUUUGUGCAUCAGCAUCUUAAAGAAAUAGUCCAUUGUGGCAUUAACAGACGGGUGCCAGCAGUCAGGGAUGGGGGCCCCCUGGGCGGCCGCCGACUUAUGCCUAAUGGUAAAACCACCACUGCUUAAACCAGGCACUGGUAGCUGUGGUGCUGUGUGCAGGAGCCAAGUCCUUUUGGGAGAUGAAAUCUGCAUCUCCAUAAAGUUGGUCAGCAGCAGGAAGUGCUCUAAAACUUCCUGGUAGAUGGCUGUGUUGACCUCAUUUGGACCUCAGGAACUCAAUGGACCAGCACCAGCAGAUGCCAUGGCACCCCUGACUGAAGCCGUUUUUCUGUCUCUCACAGCUGUGAGGAGCGCACACACACACACACACACACACACACACACACACACACACACACACACACACACACACACAUGCAGUGCUGCCAGACACAGUAAAGGAGGACCCAAAAUCAGAGUCCGAGAGUCUCCAAAAGCAAGACUGCUCAGGCCGCUUCGGUUUAAUAAUGGAGACACAGCAGUCACGGACUUCUCGGCGUUCUUUUGGCCCGCCCACACGCUUGGAGAUGCGCUCAUGACAUCACAGACCGCCCAUGUUCUUUGUAGUCAUGCUAAUUAUGAACUUAUACAAGCCGAUAAAUCUCAAAGUACGUGACUGGCGUGGUCGAAACACCCGUCACUACUUUUCAGUUUAGUUAAAGUACAACAUGUGUGAUCCAGGACAGGGGCGGAUUAAGGACUGAAGAAGAUCCUGCGCUUAACACACAAGCGAGCGCGCGUGCACACACGUGACACGCUCUAGUCAACACAUAUAUUUGUCGUGUACCACAUAAUUUUUAAUCUGUAGCUACAUAUUAAGCAUAUUCAGGGCAGAGUAUUGUUCCUGUUAGUGUUUAGUGUGAGAUGAUAGUAAAUAUUCCCGCUCUUUCUCCAACAACUUUACCUGAUAGUAAGCUAACUUUAGGCAAACCAGCAGCACAACAAAUAUUUUCAAAUAAGACUCACAAACCUGAGUCAGCACCAGUCUCAUCAAAGCUGGGGUUCUGUCGCCGUACUUUUGGUCUAAAAACGUCCUUAUGUCCAUCUUCACUCAUGCGUUUCAGGCAGAGAGUGCAGAAGAAGCCGGCUGCUGAAGGGCUUCUUCUUCAGUGGUGGAGGCUCAGGCAGGCUGUAUACAAACUACUGCCAGCUGCGCCCUCUCUGUUGGACUUUGGUACUGCAUGUUACUUCUACGUUUGAGAUCCGGGGCUUUUCAUGAAACAUCCGGGGCUUCAGCCCAAGUAGCCGGGCCUAACGCCGCCCCUGUUGUACACUAUUCUACCACAUCUUGUCCUUCCCUUGUCCUCUCUGUUAAUGCGCUUGAACACAGAGCUGUGAACAGCCAGCCUCUUUAGCAAUGACCUUUGUGGUGUCAGCGGUCGUCUUUUGGACAACUGUCAGGUCAGCAGUCUUCCCCAUGAGUGUGUAACCUACAGAGCUAGACUGAGAGACCAUUUAAAGGCUUUUGCAGGUGUUUUGAGGUAAUUAGCUGAUUGAAGUGUGGCGCCAGGGGUCUCCAAUAUUGAACCUUUUCACAAUAUUCUGAUACUGGAUUUUCAUCAGUUGUCAGUUAUAAUCAUCAAAGUAAAAGAAAUAAACCAGUGUGUGUGUAAUGAAUGAAUCUAAUACACAAGUUUCACUUUUUGAAAGGAAUUACUGGAAUAAAUCAACUUUGUUAUAUUCUAAUUUUAUGACCAGCACCUGUAUUUGUUUGUUUCUGGGAUGAGCGCUAUAUAAAAACAAUUUACUGACAUCAUGUAGAACGUUAGCUUCAGCUCCACCAGCCACAGACAUGUAGAAACCCCUCAGCGGUUAAGGUCAGAGGCCAUAGCUCAAAGAUGAGAUGUAAGCCUUCCAACGUAAGGUGUCAGAGACAGGAAAAGGUUGGUCUGGAUAGUUUUUUUUUUUGCCUUAAAUGAAAUAAUUUAAAAACUGAAUUUUGUAUUUGCUCAGCUGUUUGAAGAUUUGCAGAUCUGAAACGUUUUAGACCUUAAAAGGCAAAAAAAGAAAUGAAACAUUCGUCCCAGAACGGGUAAAGACCCAGGAUUCUUCCUGAAGGAGGCGCUCUGUUGGCACAUAGAGGUUGUCGGGCUGAGUGAGUAGAACUGAUGACCUUUGGGUUUGACGGCUGAGCCACAGCUUCACCGUUACUCUGUUCCAUCAGCAGGGCUACGUUUACACCGUAUGAACCAGCGACACCUGCACCAGCCUGCCUCUCCGACUCUUUGCUCCUCUGAAUGUGAAAUAGGCAAAAGUCACACGUUUAAUGUUGAAUAAAAGCUGCUUUUUUUCAUUUGGUUUCAUGCAUGUUUGAUAUAGACUUACUCUAGUUGUUGUCUAUGACCUUGUUAGAACCCUAGCGUAGACAAAAACAUCACAAUGUCAUCGUUUGUCCAAAAUUGUGACGUGUUUUACAUCCAAGCUUUUUCUAAAUAAACGCUGUGAUGGUGAAA